UAUUGAGGCUGUUGUUAUCCUCCCUCACUCCCUCCCUCCUUCCUCCUCCCUCCCCUGCCUUCAGAGCAGAAAUGCGGCAGAGCUUGAUCUGACUUGUCCUCGCUGCUGGAAGUGUUUUCUUGCUCCUCGGAACUUAUCUGGGAGUCAUACUCACGCCGGGCUGGGACAUGGCCGUCUCUGUGUCUCUCCAGAGUCUGGGGCUCAUCCUGCUCACAGCAGUCCUCGUGCAGACCACCGCGGUUGCCCUCAGUUUCCUGUACUUCAACAAGGUCCUGAGCACGAUGCAGGAGAGUUUCUCCCGCAGUAGCGUGUCCUGUCUGAUUAACGCAAGUCCGCACGCCGUGGUCGAAGAUUCAGCGCAGGACAAGAAGAGCGACCCCUGUUGGCAAGUCACGCAACAGCUCCACUACCACAUAGAGAAGACGAUGGCUGACAGAUUCCAGAAGGAGAUAUCCACCGCUAUGAGAAAUAAGCUGACGGGAGUGCUGCCUUUCCUGAGCCCCGGGGUUCGAGGGGUCCCUCUUCCUAAAGUUGCUGCACAUGUGACCGGUGUCAUCUCGUCCACAGGGCCUCCAACAGCAGACGGCCCACGGAGCAGCAGGGGGUACCUUGGGGAGCGAAUCGAAGCGUGGGAGGGCCACAGAGGUCUGUCCUUCCUGCAGAACAUGGAGCUGAGGGGAGGAGAGCUGCUGGUGCCCAGAGCAGGCCUCUACUACAUCUAUGGUCAGACCUACUUCAGACUGUCCUCCACGGAGGAGACAGAUGGGGAGACAGGGGACGCAAAGGAGGAAGGAGCAGAGCUCGUCCAGUAUAUCUACAAGAAGAUGAGUUCCUACGCGGUGCCCAUCCUGCUGAUGAAAUCGUCCCGGAGCACCUGCUGGCCUCGGGGUCAGGAGCCUGGUCUCUUCUCCCUGCAUCAGGCCGGUACUGCCUUUCUGCAGCCGGCUGACCGCCUCUUCCUCACCGUUAGCAAUGCCAGCGCCAUGGAGAUGGACGGGAGGGCAAGCUACUUUGGGGCCUUCCUUGUGGGCUAAUGAGAGAGAGAGAGAGAAAAUCGGAAUAAAGAGCCCGGGACUUUGGAUGACUUGAUAUAGACAUCAGACGUGAACCCAAAUGGCAGGGGUUUGCUCGAUAAUAUGAACAGCUGUCUGGGGGUCGGGACUGGAGAAGAACUCCAGGGAGUGCAAGGGACGUCUUCAAACCACGGAGCUGAUCCACCAGAGCUGCAGUGGCCGACUCUCAGUGGUUAAAUGGUAACGACGAAGAGCCAUUUGCUGUGUAUUUACUCCAGCAGAGACAGUUAAACCUGACAGGUUAUUAUUUCUGUUUUUAUGGCUAGUAAACCGGAUAUACCACACAACAGAGCAAACUUGGGAGUAUGGGCUGCUUUCAGAGUACAUGUUAUUUGGAGAAGUACAAUAGAUGCAACAGAUAGUGCUUUCUUGUGUGAAUGGCUUCUAUUGAGAACAGAGGAAGCUGUUUUGCCUGCAGGUCCACCAGUGGUGUUGUCAUCCCCAGGAAAGGACACAUGACGCUUAACUGGUGUUUUCUGAAAAAUGCCACAAGACAAAACUUUGUUCAGUAUUAUGAGUGGUUUCCGUUUUGUUUACAGUAUUUGUGGUUCAAUUUCCUCUUUGUAUGAUGUUUUGAAUGAAUGUGUGGUGCGACACAGAUUAUGAUGUCCUGCGGCCUUAAAGAGAAGCACUGGCCGAGUAUUAAAUGGGUUUCUGACACAUUUACACUUCUAUAUGCAAAGGAUAGCAAUAGUUUUUUUUAGGGCCGGAUACAUUUAUUUACGAAUGGUUGCUAUACAUAUUGUAUAGUAAUAAGGUCUUAAUUUUGUUUUCUAGGCAUUUGAAAAAUAUUUUAGUUGGAUAAUCAGUAUAAUGGAGUUGGAGUAAAUUGAGCGUCUUGUACUGGUCUAUUUUCUUUAGUUUUUCUGGCCUACUCUUCAUUGAAUGGGAAAUGAUAAUUUACAGAAUAAAAGACAAACUGUAAGUCUUCAUCUUCUUGACAUAAACCAUUUUCUAGAUUCUUCCGAGCUUGUGCAAGAGAGCUUAUUAGCCUCAAAAACAAAUCGUCAUCCAAAAUGCUGAGUUCAUGGUUGUUCGUGGUUAAAACGUUGUCUGCACAUGGAAACUUGAAUCAAAUAUCACCUCCACACAAAAAGACAGAUCACUGAAAAAGUAAAAAACUAUCAUUUAAUUCAUGUUGUAUUACAUGUUUCCAUAUUGUGGCAGUGAAUGUUUCAGCAAUAAUAAGAAUCACUCCUCAAACAAGAGUUUUUACAAAAGAAAAA